UAGAAGUUGGCAUCACUGGCUAGUGGCUACAAAAGCCUGUUGCAAUCGACCAUUUUUGGGAUUUGAUAUUUCGCAAUUCUUAUUAUAAAUCGAAAGUUUAUUAAUAUCGGACGUGGCCACUGUAUUGUAUUGUAUCAAUCCCAUACAGCUAUUAAUAAGAAAAAAGGAAUUAUCUCAGGUCGACCAUUAUGAAUCCUCUAAGCCAAAUUGUGCGUGCUGCCAGGCCAAUCUACCGCACUUUCUCCACAUCUGUAUCAAGUGCAUCUCAAGCCAAAGAAAUCCCAACUACUGGCUUGUGCUUUGAACUCUCUGAUGAACAAAAAGCACUUCAAGAAUUGGCAAGGAAGUUUACUCGCGAAGAAAUUACGCCAGUAGCAGCUCAAUAUGACAAGUCUGGGGAGUACCCAUGGCCCAUUGUCAAGAAGGCCUGGGAGCUCGGGCUUAUGAAUGGACAUAUUCCUGAACACUGUGGGGGUGUAGGCAAUUUGGGAGUGUUCGAAGAAUGUCUCAUCGGUGAAGAGUUUUCCUUCGGUUGUUCCGGCAUCGGAACGGCUGUUGGUGGAACAAAUUUGGGACAAACUCCGGUAAUUAUUGCCGGAAAUAAAGAACAGCAAAAAAAGUAUUUGGGUAGACUGGUCGACGAACCUCUUGUUGCCGCUUACUGUGUGACGGAACCUGGUGCCGGGUCUGAUGUGGCUGGAGUAAAGACUAAAGCGGUGAAGAAAGGUGACGAAUGGAUUAUCAAUGGUCAGAAAAUGUGGAUCACCAAUGGUGGUGUCGCCAACUGGUACUUUGUGCUGGCGAGAACAAACCCGGACCCCAAAUGCCCAGCUAGUAAGGCAUUUACUGGCUUUAUUGUGGAGAGAGAUUGGCCCGGCGUUAACCCUGGACGCAAGGAAAUGAACAUGGGACAACGCGCGUCUGAUACGCGCGGCAUCUCAUUCGAAGAUGUUCGCGUGCCCAAAGAGAAUGUUCUUCUCGGUGAAGGUGAUGGCUUCAAGAUCGCUAUGGGGGCCUUUGACAAGACUCGUCCACCUGUCGCUUCUGGCGCCACCGGUCUCGCGGCACGAGCUUUGUAUGAAGCGACAAAAUAUGCGUUGGAACGCAAAACAUUCGGUGUACCAAUCGCUACUCACCAGGCAGUGGCCUUUAUGCUCGCUGAUAUGGCGAUUGGUGUUGAGAGUGCCAGACUUGCCUGGCAAAAGGCAGCCUGGAUGGUUGAUCACGGACAAAGAAACACAUUGAUGGCUUCAGUGGCGAAGUGCCACGCUUCAGAAAUCGCUAACAAAGCUGCCACAGAUGCGGUUCAGAUAUUCGGCGGAAAUGGAUUCAAUACUGAAUAUCCCGUUGAGAAAUUAAUGCGUGACGCCAAAAUCUACCAAAUAUACGAAGGUACAUCACAAAUUCAAAGACUUAUCAUCUCAAGGGAGAUAUUGACAGCUGCUAAGCAGUCUAAUGCAUAAAAUCAGAUUUUUCUAAAGGGAUAAUUGGUUAAUUAAUUUACAAUUGGUUAUUAUGUGAAACAAUAUAAAUUUAGUCGCUUUUGACAUUAAUUGUCACAAAAACUUCAAGCCCAAAAUCACAGAUUAUUGCUUAGUUUUUCUAAAAUUGCAGAUAUUUGUUUAAGUUUAAAUAUGUAUUAUAAUUUAAUGAAAACUACAUCAUAGAGGCCGUUCAAGUAUUUACGUAACGAUUACGUCAUCAGUAAUUAUUUACUUUUUUUUAACCACACAUUGUCUAUGUUUGAAGUCGAAGUGCAUUUUCGAGGAUUCCUACAAAAUAUUAAUGUGUUUAUGUACUAUAUAUUAUUUUUGGAACUUUACUUUUAUUGUAAGUAAUUCUGCUUACGGAAUAUUUGAACGGCCCCAUAAUGGUGUAAAGGGCUCAAUAUAUUAUUAUUUUUUUCUGUUUGCGUAUUUUGACAUGUAAUGUAUGUAUAUUGUUGAAACUUCAAAAUAACAAAAACCUUGUCAAACUUCAGACCCUCGUAUAACAUAGAUAUUCAUUUAUGUAAAAUUUAUCAUGAUUUAUAUUUAUGAUUUAUACUUAUUACAUAUUUCGUUCGAAAUAUAGUUUUCUCUUAGAAUUUUUUUAUUAUUCAUUGCUAUUUAACGUGUUAUGUGAAGUCAUACAAGCGCUUCAUGCGAGCCAAGUACAACGCGUUUCCUAUAACGCGGAAUCAAUCUACCGUGUUAUAGGAGGGAUAAGUUUUAUAUGGUUUUUGUUAUAAGCGGAAGUGCGAUUUCUCUGUUAUGACCUUGCUUAUAUAUUUCUUUAUUUUUAUAAAUUUUUGAUUGUAUUAAUUAUUUGUUGGUAGUUUGUAAGUGAAAGUCAUCACGUAUUUUUGUAUAGCUUUUCAGAGUACAUGAAAAUGUUAUAUUUUACAUGUUCUUGUAUUUAAAUAAAAUCAAACCCCCU